ACCGAUUUCGAAAAGAAACUCAGAACGCACUUGCUUGCCAUUAGAAAGUGUUUGGGUAAUUUUCAGUGAGACGCAGAAGCACAAGACGUCGUUAUGAAAUGAAUGCAUUUGCAGCAAUUUUAUUUUUGUUAAUGUUCAUUUAUGGCAACUGAUUUCACGUAAUUAAACUAUAAAGAGAAAAGGAAUUCUGGGUAAGUAAACUGGGGCAUAACAAUCAACAAGCAAUGAAAGUUCUGACACCAAGGCACAGUUUUUCAUUGGACUACACACCCAAACAAUGGGUGGGUUUCUCCAAUACAUUGCUUUUGCUUCUGGUUGCCCUCAUGUGUGGAACUGUCAUCUAUGAAAUGUACAACAUGAACCACAGGUUUACCACAAUGUUGGAUUCAUCCGUGGCCACAAUAGAUCUUAUAGCAACAAAUUUCGUUAGUUCAAAAACUCAACCAUUUUGGAAAGAUAUCAACAACAACAUUUCAGUGUAUUCAUCCUUCUUCAAAAUGCAUGAGGGUGAUGAAAGCAUGGUUGUCAUAAUUGGUUCUAUUUCCAAAAGUGAAAUGCAUGUUGAAGACCUUCGAUGUCUCAUAAAAUAUAAUGACGAAGAAGAGAUAAACAUUGUCGAAGCUUCUUUUGAGAAGUUCUCUAAUUGUAGUACGUUUCUAGUAUAUUGCCCAACAAAAGACAAUAAGAUACCGAAUAAGGUUGUCCUUAUUUCGUAUAGAGAUACAAAUCCGAAAAGGUGGCUUGAAGUUGAAAAAAUAUCUUCUUCAAGAGAAUUGGAUUUAGUUAAGCACAAAACUGCAGCUUGCGUCCAGCCUCUGGACGAGAACAUUUCAGUUGAAGCACUUCAAGAAUUCUUAGAAUUUUACAAAACGAUUGGUUUGAGUCACUUCUAUCUUUAUGAUUACAAUGCUCCGGAAGAUGUUGUUGACUUCAUACAUGAGUUAAUCGACAAUGGUUAUUCCAUAAACAUUCUGCAAUGGAAUAAAAUGGUGGAACCAUUGAACAAUUGUCCCCUUUCAGGGUUUGAAUACAUUCAAGAUUGUUUACAUAGAACACUAGAUAAAUUUAGUAAUGUCAUAACAGUAGAUGUAACUGACUACUUUAUACUAGGACAAUAUUUUAGCGUAGAUGAACUGUUGGAGAAUUACAGCGAUUAUGGGCAAUUGCAAAUUAAGAAAGCUCGUCACUGUGAUGCGAGUAAUCAAAAUUUGGCUGAUGUUUCUCUUAAAAAUAUACAUUUUGUGAGCCCCAUUGAGCUAUCUAGGACGAAUUACUUCUUUCGACCAGACGAAAAAGCUGCUAUUGAAUUUUAUACUUCAUCUUCAAGAAAAGCAAGAAAAUCCACUAAAAUUCUUUCAGAACAGGAGGGAAUUAUUGGACAACUGUCAAAUGAAUGUCAGUGAAAUUUUAAUGCUUAGUUUUUUUCAGAGAUAACGCCUCAUAUUGAAAUAUGUGAACAGAAAAUGAUGAGAAAUUCAUCUUUUAUAUAAGAAUAUUGAUGUCAUUUGAUUCAAAUGGAAUACUGAUAUUAUAUUACUCAAAAUUCCUUUUGAGUAAUAUAAUCUAUUUUUUACUUUCUAUUAAUCUAUUUAUAUAAAAAUUAAUGUGUUAAUCUGUUAUGGGAUAUUAAAUAUCUAUUAUUUCAAA